CUGCAGCGCUGUCUUUAUACCCCCUCCGCCAACCAUGACGGUCUCAACGCUACUCCCCGGUUCCCCUAUGGAAUCGGUGAAGCAGGCCGUCCGAUCAACCUCAACAUGUUCUAACGGCACGGUGUUGUCCCUCGAAACACUCUUCCGCGGUCCAUCGAAAUCGCCGCUGGACAGCGAAAGCGCAACAGUGAAACGGGUAGGCAGGACGACAAAAGCUUCUUCAACCGCGACUAGGGGAACAAGGACAACUAGGGGAAGGGGGGCUACGGUAUCUGCGGCAGAGGCGACCUUGAACACAGUGAUCGAACAGGAUGCUGCGCGUCUAUCAAAUCAAGAAAAGCUCGUCCUCGCCACGGAAGUCUUCAACUCGACAUUGAAAACGCUCUCGGAAGCUUUGAAGCUACACUCGGCCAAACGCGACGAUGCUCGAACCACCCCGGCUAGUACCCCUCGGGAAUCGCCUUCGCCCAGCCGUGUCGCGAAAUCCCCCCGGAAAUCGAAGAUGUCCCUACAGAGCACAACAACAACGGAUGAUGGAAUACUAGCUGUGGCAGAGUGUGCGGCGAUGUCUCUGUCAUGCUUGCGGACAUUGAAAGGGGAUCAGGAGAAUGGAGCACCUAAUAUGCAACUGGAACAGGGUGCAUGUAUAUUGGCAGGGAGAUUUCUCUCGCUAGGCCUUAGUGAUAUGGCUUAUAAGGAACUCAGAGCAUUGAGAAAAAGAAUUCAGCAAUACCUUGACAGCCAGGCGGCAGGCGGGAAAAGGGCCCCAAGUCGAAAAGGGACCCCAGUUGAACAGGAUGGCGAAACCACAAAGGAACGGAUGUCUGACCUCCUCACGUUCUCUAACAUUAGCGAAGCGCGACCUCUACAUGGGCUCCUUGUAUCCUACCAGUCGAAUGCUCUUCGUCUCAUAUCCUCCGAAAAGAAGGCUGCGACUGUGCACAAUGUGGCCCCUUCCUUACAAUUGUCGGACCCAAGUAGCCCGGCAAAUGUGACUCUAGCUGCACUCGAAUCAGGAGCCCUCACCAAGGACAAGGCCGCAAUUCAGCUCCAAUUAUUAUCCAACACAAUGCUCUCCUUGUCCUCCAGUUCUCAACAGUCCACGACGAACAAGAUCAAGCCGGCUACGUCACUCUCCCUUCAACUACUCUCACUCGAAAUCCGCUGCAUGUCCUGGAAGAUUUCUGGACAUAUCUGUGAUGAUGCUAAAGAGAUGUGGGAUCCUUUGGCGCGGUACGUUGCCAGCUAUGCUCAUCAGAGCAAAGGAAUUACAAAAUCCGAGUUCGCCUCUACCUACAAGACCAUAGUUCGAUUGCAAUCGGCUUUCAUCGGCGUGCAAAAACGCUCCUCGACCACGACGAAAGAUAAUGUCUCUGUUGCAAGGAUUGCGACCAUCUUGGGCCAGCUCGCUCAAGACGCAGGAUGCUUCGAUGAGGCUUUGCAAUUAUUCACGGAAUCUCUGGGCCCGCUUUCUAACGCACAGUGCCUUGCCCUGGCCACCGUUCGUUGCAAAAUAGCAUCCCUCCAUCUUCAGGCCUUGAAGCAGGCUAAAAAGUACUCUUCUGGACUAGGCAAUGCCAUGAAAGAAGCCACCAAUGUCCUAUGUAUGCCACUUAAAGGUAGCGCAAAUGACCUCGACGAAUUAUUGGUUGAAGCCGCUAAACUGAAGAAACUCGCGAUGGUGUUAUUCGGGGAUAUGGUAUCAAAGGAGAAGAGCCUGAAGACGGAGGACGACGAUAUCCCGCACCGAAUCUACGGAUAUUUGAACGGCUUCGUACGAUUUUUGCGACGAUAUGUUGGACGCAGACCAGCCGAAGAUGAUGGGAAGGACUUAGAGUCGUUCCAAAAGCGGGUUGUGGCCACCCGGAAUAUUGCGCUUGCAGCCGUUGAUUCUGUCAAUGCUAUUGCAAGACUAUCCAUCUUGUCGCAGAGGCCCCCAUGGGAGGAAAUGCAAUCCACAUUGAUUGACAGCCAACGCCUUCUCGUGACAAUGGAAUCUGCUGAAGAAUUUCCCGACUCGCCGACUUCCGAGAGCAUUGGCAUAGGCUUCGUCAAGUUGUCAAAUCUCUUUUGGUCCCGGUAUAUUAAAGAGAGGGAGUGUGGCAAAGGCUAUCGUGAGCUUGUGCCCUUGCUGAAGCAGGCCGCCAUUCUCCUCUCAAAUUGCUCGCCCUCCCAGAAAAUCGCAGGAUUUACGCCUCUUAAGUAUGAGAAGCUUGCACACCUUUACCUAGAGGCCAACCUGGCCCGUGAGGCUGAGCAGGCCUUUCAGCAAUCGAUUAAAGAGCAUUUGCUGACAGGCACUCUCGACCAAGUCCUGUCCUCUACAGCCUGCUGCUUCCCUCAUCGCAUGUGUCAGGAUCCGAAGAGCAGUGACUUCAUGCUUGGCCGUGUCCUCUACGCUUUUCUAAAAAUGAAUUUGAGGAUCAAAUCGAUCAAGACAGGUGUCUACGAUGACGACAACCUAGCUCCUCUACAGCGUGGCCAUUUACUCGAAUGGCAGCUUGGGAUUAUGACGGAAUUGGCGUCCCAGGCCUCGAUCGAUAACUCAUUUCGGUCUACUUUUGGUCUUCUUUUGGCGAAGCUUCUCGAUCUGUACUCUCCACAAGCCUUCCCGAUCCGGCGCUUGCGGGUAGUGCUCACGACAUUGCGCUUUUCACUCGAAUAUCCGAACUCCGUUGACCCGGCCCUGCUACAAGGUGUGAUUGAGGCAGGCUUGGACAAUGUUGAUGCUGAUGAGCUUGGUCACGAUUCCGAACUUUCCCCUCUUGCUGGCCAUUUGCAGAACUCGGUCAGACUUACACUGGGACUUCACGAAGGCAGUCUCCAGCCAAAAGAUUUGGAAAACGUGCUAACCUGGUGGAGUCUGAUGAUGCGAGAGUGCAAUGACUGGGAGACAAUUGUUGCGAGUGUAGGAGACGUCGACCACUUUUUACUUCAAAUGAAGGCGAUUGUCGAUUAUACCGAAAUCCAUGGACUCUGGAAACUCCAGCUUUCUACGCUCGAGUUGGUCUUACGGGCCACGGAGCUUCGAGGAUCCAGCGACUUUUCUGAAACGAUAAUUGUUCUCUCACGUCUGGCAGUCCAAUACAGCCGGCUUGGAUAUUGUACGAAGGCGGGCGAUCUUUUGAGCCGAGCGGACCAAUACCUCAGCCAUGCCGACAUCUCCUGCUUGGCGAUACUGUCCCAUAAGCUAGCGCGAGUUGGAUAUUUUCUGGAGACUGGGGAUGUUCAGAAAGCAGCGAGCACUCUCGCAGCAGCACAAGCUUUGUAUGAGAAGAACCAGAAGAAGGAAGACUUGAAUGCUUGCUCGGUUCUGUCAAAGCUCAUGUGGGAGAGACUGAUCGCUGACGCGGCAUUCAUGAACUCGCGGCUCUCUUUCGCCCAGGGCUCAAUCAAGGACGCAUUGUUUUUUGGUAAAUUGUCGGUCAGACUGAAUUGCAGGAUUUGGGCGAAAAUCGAAAAGCUCGCGCAGAGAAAGCAGGACAAGAUCACACAGUCGGGAGAGAAUUCUGAACUUGAAACCGUUGUUGAAGGAAUGGCAAAACUCGAGGUCUCGCAAGCAAAUGCAACCAUUGCCGUGUAUUCCCAAGGAGCUCCCUUUUGGCCUCACAUUGGGUCCCAUCAUAUGGCACUGCUGAACCUUGCUAGCCUUUCUGCACACCAUGGUCUGUUCCAGGAUGCCAUUUACUACGGAGAGCAGGCACUGAAGAUCAACAAGACAUUGAACGCGAAUGUACGUUUGAUCGCGUCACAAGCACAGCUUGGCUCGCAUUGGAUAUUUGGCGGGCAUAUCACGGAAGGCCAGGAGCUCCUUACAGCAGCCGAGUCACUAUCAAAGCAACUUGACAACAGCAUUGAGCUUGUUUCGCUCCAGAUUGGCCUUGCUUCUUUACAUCGAGCACAGGGCCGUUACCGCGACGAGCAGCGGGCUCUCCUCGAAGCUGAAAAAAUAAUGACGGAGUGUGCCGCUUCUGAGACAUCGGAUAUCCUCUCGGGGGUUGCAGACCUUAAUGAGAAGCUGAAGAAGCUGCAAGUCCAAGGUACUGCUAGGAAAACGAGGCAGCGGGCCCCCACGACCACCCGCAGAACUCGCGCCGCAACUACAACAAGCGCUCCCAAGGUGUCGGGCGAGAGCUCCGAAUCGACAGAAGCCGGCUCAACGUCGCUUCUUCAUCUGAGAAGUGACAUCCUACGACAACAAGCGGCCUGCCUGCGCUCACUGCGAGACUUUGAACAGGCAUCGUGUUUGUUGAAUGAUGCACGCAGGUUCGCGACUUCUAGAGAUAGUCAGAUUUCCCUGCAUAUUGGAGAGAGUGAGCAUCUACUGGCUGAUGCCAUUCGGAACUUUGCCAGUCAUGCAGUGUACUGUGUUCUUCCUGAAUCGACUAUUUCUCUUCCCUCCCUACAGUCACCGAACAAGACAGCGGGCCAAGUGAGCUCUAGCAAAACAGCUUCGACACGAAGGACACGGGCACCGGCAAAAGCACCGGCCAGAAGCACGCGCUCAAAAACGCCCAAGCCGACCGAGGACUUUUCUGUCAUGUUGGCAAAAGCGAGCGAAAGCCUGAAUACUGUUUUCCCGCUCGCUACCACCCUCGGAUCUACUCUUGACAGCCAUGCUGCCUCUCGCUUGAUGAGUCGAAUCUCCAUGCUAACCCAUGUGACGGCGCUCGACUGCCCGGCUUCUCUGUCUGAGUCUCCAGCAAACGUGAAUGAGAUUGGUCGCAUUGGUGCUUUCACGCGGGAGCAUGCUGCCAUCACCCUUGAUAAGCAAUUAGCGGAUUACUGCGACCCUCUACUUUGGCCAACUGCCGAAACUGCAGCGGUCCCCGAAGAUGACCUGUGUUCGCGCUUCACCGAAGAAUAUGUCGAAAUCUUACCGGAGAACUGGAACGUUCUUUCUCUUUCCUUGAGUGCUGACCGGACCGAGUUUGUGGUCUCACGGUUGCAAAAAGGUCGCUCGCCGUUUCUUUUGCGUCUUCCUCUCAAGCGGGGCAACUCGGAGGACGAAGACGAGCAAUACACGUUCGAGGAUGGCAAGGGUGACAUGCAAGAGCUCAUCCGGCUGGCUAACGAAAGUGCGCAUGCAGCAAAACACCAAACCGAUCGGCAGAUGAAGAAGGAUUGGUGGAAGAACCGGGAAGCACUGGACCGUCGGAUGGAGGCCCUGCUGCAACAUAUCGAGAAUGUCUGGUUUGGUGGAUUCCGCGGGAUCUUCUCUCCCGUGCCUCAUGAGACUCGCUCCCUUGCGCGGUUUGCCGACUCGUUCCACAACAUUCUCGACAAGCAUCUUCCCUCGCGUCGCAAGGGCAGUCGGGCAGGAAGCUCGCGGUUGACCCUCCAUCCGAAUGUGCUGGAAUUGUUCAUCGGUGUCAAAGACCUGGACGAUCAAGACGAUCCGGAGGAGCCGUUGAUGGACCUUCUAUACUUCGUGGUGGAUAUUCUCCAAUUCCAAGGGGAGCGCAACGCGUACGAUGAGAUCGACUUUGACAUGAUGGUCGUCGAAACCCUUGAUGCUCUGAGAGGGCAUCACGAGCAAGUCCGAAAAGAGCAGGGCAAGCCAUCGCCGAACCACACUGUCCUGGUCCUCGACAAGUCCUUGCAUAUGUUCCCGUGGGAGUCUCUGCCGUGCCUCCAGGGAUUCCCCGUUUGUCGGGUGCCCUCCUUGGAAUGUCUUCGGGACCGCAUCCUGCGAUUCCGCGAUGAAGGUGCGGAUAACGGGGUCGGCUUUAGCGUUGCCCGCAAGAACGGCACCUAUAUUCUCAACCCCACAGGUGAUCUGCAAACCACUCAGAGCACGUUUGAAAAGGACCUUGUGAGGUUGAAGUGGAGUGGGGUGGUCAACCGGGAACCGACGGAAGAGGAGUUCAAGACCGGCUUAGAGUCGAAAGACCUGUUUCUUUACUUCGGACAUGGUAGUGGCGCGCAAUACUGCCGGGCUCGGACGAUCAAGCGUCUGGACCGGUGUGCCAUCACGUUUCUGAUGGGUUGCAGCAGCGGUGCCCUGACGGAAGCCGGCGAGUACGAGCCGUACGGAACCCCGAUGAACUACCUGCAUGCCGGGAGCCCCGCGUUGGUGGCGACGCUGUGGGAUGUGACGGACAAGGACAUUGACCGGUUUGCCAAGAGCACACUUGAGAAAUGGGGUCUUGUUGGGAGCUUGGAGGGGGCCGUGGCUUUGGAUGAUGCGGUUGGCCAGUCGCGACAAGCCUGUGUGUUGAAGUACUUGAACGGGGCCGCGCCGGUGAUCUACGGGAUUCCCGCGGUGUUUUUGGCGUAAUGAUUUGGGAUAUUGGGUAAUAGCAUUGGCGUUCUGGAUAAGGGUUACCUGUGGCAUAGCAUCGCGAGCUAUCU